AUGUCUCUCUUCUUAACAAUUCUCUAUGUUUCACUCUGUAACUCAAUUUCUCUCACAUACUCUCUAUCUCUCCAUUUUCCUCUCACAUCUCUCCGUCUCACUCCAACCACUAACUCAUCUUCUUCCUUCCUCCAAACGACCCUCGUCUCUCGCCGGAAUCAAUCUCCGCCGUCGUCUCAUCCGUACAAUUUUCGAUCAAAUUUCAAAUACUCAAUGGCUCUGACUCUUUCUCUUCCGAUCGGAACACCGAUUCAGACUCAAGAGCUUGUUCUCGACACUGGAAGUCAACUCUCAUGGAUCCAGUGCCAUCGCAAGAAGAAGAAACCUCCUCCUCCUACGGCGUCAUUUGAUCCGUCGUUGUCUUCAUCGUUCUCGGAUUUGCCUUGCUCUCAUCCUCUCUGCAAACCACGAAUUCCCGAUUUUACCCUCCCCACGACUUGCGACGCGAACCGUCUCUGUCACUACUCUUACUUCUACGCAGACGGGACUUAUGCUGAGGGCAAUCUCGUCAAAGAAAAAUUCACCUUGUCAAAUACUCAAAUUACCCCUCCUUUGAUUCUAGGUUGCGCUGCUGAGUCUACUGACGACAAGGGUAUUCUGGGAAUGAAUCUUGGUCGUCUUUCUUUCGUCUCGCAAGCUAAAAUAUCCAAAUUCUCUUACUGUAUCCCGAACCGAUCCAACCGGCCCGGUUUUAUACCUACUGGGUCUUUUUACCUCGGGGAAAACCCGAGUUCUCGCGGAUUCAAAUACGUUCCUCUUUUGACUGUUCCUCAGAGUCAACGCAUGCCGAAUCUAGACCCUCUGGCUUACACAGUACCUUUGCAAGGGAUACGAAUCGGACCAACAAGAUUAAACAUCCCAGCCUCUGUUUUUAGACCCGACGCAGGCGGGUCAGGUCAGACCAUGGUAGAUUCGGGUUCUGAAUUUACUCACUUGGUCGACGUGGCCUAUAAUAAAGUGAGGGAAGAAAUAGUGAAGCUUGUGGGGCCUAGAUUGAAGAAGGGUUACGUGUACGGCGCAACAGCUGACAUGUGUUUCGAUGGGAACAAUCCUGUGGACAUCGGACGGUUGAUAGGCGACCUCGUGUUUGAAUUCGGGAGAGGUGUUGAGAUUCUCGUUGAAAAACAAAGGAUUCUUGUUAACGUAGGAGGUGGGAUCCACUGUGUUGGGGUCGGACGGUCGAGCAUGCUUGGUGCAGCAAGUAACAUAAUCGGGAACGUUCAUCAGCAGAAUCUAUGGGUUGAGUUUGAUGUGACCAACAGGAGAGUGGGUUUUAGUAAAGCCGACUGCAGCAGAUUAUCACUGUGA